AUGUCUCAAACUUUAGACAUCCAGCUGCAAAAUCGUUAUCCUUCAGACGAAGUCUUUGCUUAUAUCACAGGCUUGGCACUAAACAAUAACAACCGCGUCUUUCUAUUGAAAGCCGAUGGCAAGACGCCAUACUACCCCGACUCGCCACCACAUACUGUACAUCCACUUUCAGCAGACUGUGCUAUCAAACUAGGAAAGCAAGGCAGCACGACUAUUGCUACGAUUCCUCUAAUUGCUGGAGGAAGGAUUUGGUUCUCUAUUGGAAAGAAAUUAGAGUUCUUCGUCAACCCAGGACCAGCAUUGGUUGAGCCGUCCGUUACCAAUCCUUCUGAUCACAAUAUUGAUACCAAUUGGGCAUUUUGCGAGUUUACAUUCAAUCAAACUCAGAUAUACGCCAAUAUAAGCUAUGUUGACUUUAUUAGUCUACCAAUUUCUAUGAAACUCAUUCCUGAAAACGGCGGGCCACAAGAAAUUCAUGGUCUGAAAUCAGAUGGCCUAAAGACUAUUUGCGAAGGUCUAAAAGCACAAAGUGAAAUUGAUAAUGCAGGGUGGGAUAAGUUGAUUGUAGAAUCUGGUGGCCAAAGACUUCGAGCAUUGAGCCCUAAUCACGAAAAAGGUUUCAAUGGCUACUUUGAAUCCUAUGUUGAUGAAGUAUGGAACAAAUAUACUAAAAUGCCACUAAUUGUUGACACACAAGCCGAAUGGGGGAAGGUUGAAGGUUGGAUAUCUAGCGGACAAUUAACCUUUCCCGGUCUGGCAACUUUUUCGAAGCCAUCGACUGCAGAUAUCUUCAGUUGUAGCUCUGGUCCAUUUGCCAACAAUGCUGGAGCGACAGGGCCACUCACAGCUCGCAUAAGUGCAGCAUUGAAUCGAUCGACGCUGUUAAGCAAUAAUUGUCAUCCAACCAACGAAAGGGUAUCAGAGUAUUAUCGCCACAAAAUCACCAACCACUAUGCCCGACUCGUUCAUGAGGCAAGCCAUCAUGGUCGGGGAUAUGCCUUUCCUUAUGAUGACGUUUCGCCUGGAACUGAAACCGAUCAAUCUGGAUCCGUAAGCGGUUGGCCAAAGUCAUUCACCGUAUCUAUCGGUUGA